UCAAGAUCAUACGGAUUUAGUAAUCGAGAAUAACUUCGACUACAACGAUUAAAGCACAGAAAAAAUUGUGUACUAUUCGAAAAAAGAUCUUUAAAAUGUUAUCCACCUUAGUUAAGGAACACCAAGCCAAACAAACUGCUCGAAAGGAAGCGCAGGAGCAGAAAAGAAGAGAAGCUGUUGCUGCGGCAACUAAUUUGACAGAGGCUUUAGUUGACCACCUAAACGUAGGUGUUGCUCAAGCAUAUCUAAAUCAGAAGCGUUUGGAUGCUGAAGCAAAGCAGCUUCAUCACAGUGCCACUAAUUUUGCUAAACAAACACAACAGUGGGUGAGCCUAGUAGAGAGCUUUAGUAGUGCUCUGAAGGAAAUAGGAGAUGCAGAAAAUUGGGCAAGAAGCAUUGAAACUGACAUGAGAACCAUUACAAGUGCUUUGGAAUAUACAUAUAAAGUCUCCCAGGAGUCCUCGUAGAAGACGGAAGUAUUCCACUACAUUCAAAAUUGUAAAUAAUUUGUCUAUGUGUAAUAGUUUGUGUCACUACAUAUUACAUGUAUACUAAUAAAAACUGCAUUGUAAAUAUGA